AUGCGAUGUGCGUAUUAUUUAUCUGAUGUUUCUGUUUCUUGUUCGGAUUUUCAGUUAAUUAAAUCAGAUUAUAAAUCUAUUGGCUUUACAAUGACUGGAGAUACGGAUAACAAGUUCUUGAAUGUGGGUCUACUCAUUGUGGCCACUCUACUAGUGGCCAAGCUUAUCUCUGCACUUAUAAUGCCGAGAUCUCAAAAGCGCUUGCCUCCUGUUAUGAAGGGAUGGCCUUUGGUUGGAGGGCUCAUCCGGUUCCUUAAAGGACCCAUCGUGAUGCUUCGCGAAGAGUACCCAAAACUUGGCAGUGUGUUUACAGUGAAUUUAGUUAAUAGGAAGAUUACUUUCUUGAUUGGCCCUGAGGUGUCUGCGCACUUCUUCAAGGCUUCGGAAGCGGAUUUGAGCCAGCAGGAGGUGUAUCAGUUCAAUGUGCCUACUUUUGGUCCUGGUGUUGUGUUUGAUGUGGAUUACUCUAUAAGGCAAGAGCAGUUUCGGUUCUUUACAGAGUCUUUAAGAGUGAACAAACUCAAGGGAUACGUGGAUCAGAUGGUGGUAGAAGCAGAGGUGAGCAAGUUUACUGAUCAGUCAGCUGUUUCUGCUGUUUAUUACCGUUUUACUUUCUAUGCUAUCAAUUCUUCUAUCAUUCUGGAGAAUGAUCAUCCAUUACUGAAUUACUUCUCAAAAUGGGGAGGCAGUGGGGUGGUAGACAUAAAGUAUGAACUUGAGCAUCUGAUCAUUUUGACAGCUAGUAGAUGUCUACUUGGACGAGAAGUUCGUGAUAGGCUUUUUGCUGAUGUGUCUGCUCUAUUCCAUGACCUUGAUAAUGGAAUGCUCCCAAUUAGUGUUUUAUUCCCAUACUUACCCAUCCCAGCUCAUCGUCGCCGUGAUCAGGCACGCAAAAAGCUUGCAGCUAUCUUUGCAAAUAUCAUAAAGUCCCGUAAGCUUGCUGGCAAGUCGGAGAAUGACAUGUUGCAGUGCUUCAUUGACUCGAAGUAUAAAGAUGGUCGCCAAACAACUGAGUCUGAGGUCACUGGCUUGCUCAUUGCUGCUCUCUUUGCUGGGCAGCACACCAGUUCCAUCACCUCCACUUGGACUGGAGCCUAUCUUCUGCGACACAAUGAAUACCUAUCUGCUGUGUUGGAGGAGCAGAAGAACCUGAUGAAAAAGCAUGGGAACAAGGUUGAUCAUGAUAUUUUAUCUGAGAUGGACGUGUUGUAUCGGUGCAUCAAGGAAGCCCUUAGACUCCAUCCUCCACUAAUUAUGCUUCUACGCAGCUCACACAGUGACUUCAGUGUGACAACACGAGAUGGGAAAGAAUAUGACAUCCCAAAGGGCCACAUUGUUGCAACAUCUCCGGCAUUUGCUAACCGGCUUCCUCAUGUCUUCAAGGACCCAGAUAGGUAUGAUCCUGACAGAUUUGCUGCUGGGAGAGAAGAAGACAAAGCAGCAGGGGCAUUUUCAUAUAUUUCUUUCGGAGGUGGCAGGCAUGGGUGCCUUGGUGAACCAUUUGCUUACUUGCAGAUAAAGGCUAUAUGGAGCCAUUUGCUGAGGAAUUUUGAAUUGGAGCUCGUAUCUCCUUUCCCUGAGAUAGACUGGAAUGCAAUGGUCGUUGGUGUAAAAGACAAGGUUGUUGCAAGGUUUUGUUUGAGUUUAGCCGCCCGAACUUGGGUUCUAGACCUAUGUUAUGUUCGUAAUCCAGUUGAGUUUAUUAUAAGCGGUGAAAUAGGUCAGCGAUCGCUCUGGAUGUGCAUCGUCUUUGAAUUUAGCACUGUUGCAAUGAGUGACACCACAAAAUUAGCCUUUGCUUAG